AUGCGUCAGGGUAGACGCGCGUUGGCAGCGUCGUGGGGCUCCGCAGCAAUGGUGCGUGCCAAAGGCACCCGCGCUCGUGCAACUUACCCGCUAUCAGGCGGAGGGCUGAGUGUGUCGGGUUGGAAGGCGGGAAAAGAGCCUCGGCGUUUCGCUCUAACUCGCCACUGCGCACGCACUACUGCAGGUGGCACCGGGUACCCCGCAUCGAUGCAAAGCCCUCCCGGCGAGAGAAGGCGAGCCUCCUCUUCAGCAGCCGCCCGAGAGGCCCCGACUGGAACGCCAGCGAUGACGCCGGCGGCGCGGUUGUGCAACUUCUCCCGGCGCCCCAGUGCCGACGGCGAAGCCGUGUUGCAGUCCGCCACUGCCCCGUAG